GGAGGCUGGACUGGGGAUCCGAGCGGCGGCGGCAGUGGUGGCGGGGUCGGUAAUGGCGGAGCUGGUGCAGGGGCAGAGUGCUCCAGUGGGCAUGAAGGCCGAGGGCUUCGUGGACGCCCUGCACCGAGUCCGGCAGAUUGCUGCUAAAAUUGAUUCAAUUCCACACUUGAAUAAUUCCACACCUCUAGUGGACCCCUCAGUGUAUGGAUAUGGAGUACAAAAACGGCCCUUGGAUGAUGGCGUAGGUAACCAGUUAGGGGCCUUGGUACAUCAAAGGGCAGUAAUAACAGAAGAAUUCAAAGUGCCUGAUAAAAUGGUUGGAUUUAUUAUCGGCAGGGGAGGUGAGCAGAUUUCAAGGAUUCAAGCAGAAUCUGGUUGCAAAAUUCAGAUUGCUUCAGAGAGUUCUGGGAUUCCAGAGAGGCCCUGUGUACUUACCGGAACCCCAGAAAGUAUUGAACAAGCGAAACGGCUCCUGGGGCAGAUUGUGGACCGCUGUCGGAAUGGACCUGGCUUUCAUAACGAUAUAGAUGGCAACAGCACAAUCCAGGAAAUUCUUAUCCCAGCAUCUAAAGUGGGACUGGUUAUCGGCAAAGGAGGGGAAACAAUAAAGCAGUUGCAGGAACGGACAGGUGUGAAAAUGGUCAUGAUACAAGAUGGCCCAUUACCUACGGGAGCCGACAAGCCUCUUCGCAUCACUGGAGACCCAUUUAAAGUACAGCAAGCAAGAGAGAUGGUACUAGAAAUCAUCCGAGAAAAAGACCAAGCUGAUUUCCGGGGUGUACGCAGUGAUUUCAUUUCCCGAAUGGGAGGAGGCAGUAUAGAGGUGUCUGUGCCUAGGUUUGCUGUUGGAAUUGUAAUAGGAAGAAAUGGGGAGAUGAUCAAAAAAAUCCAGAAUGAUGCUGGUGUGAGGAUUCAGUUUAAACCAGAUGAUGGUAUUAGUCCAGAAAGAGCUGCCCAGGUUAUGGGACCCCCAGAUCGGUGUCAGCAUGCGGCACAUGUCAUCAACGAGCUUAUUCUUACAGCCCAGGAAAGAGAUGGCUUCGGAGGCCUUGCGGUAGCCAGAGGAAGAGGCCGCGGCCGUGGUGACUGGAGUAUGGGAACCCCGGGUGGCAUGCAGGAGAUCACAUACACAGUGCCAGCAGAUAAGUGCGGCCUCGUCAUAGGCAAAGGGGGUGAGAAUAUCAAAAGUAUAAAUCAGCAGUCAGGAGCACAUGUGGAGCUUCAGCGUAACCCUCCUCCAAACACUGACCCCAACUUGCGAAUAUUCACCAUCAGGGGAAUUCCUCAACAGAUCGAGGUGGCCAGACAUCUCAUAGAUGAGAAAGUUGGUGGUACCAGCCUUGGAGCACCUGGAGCCUUUGGACAGAGCCCCUUCAGCCAGCCACCUGCUACACCUCAUCAGAACACCUCUCCUCCAAGGAGCUCAGGGUGCUUCCCAAAUAUUGCUGCUAAAGUGAACGGAAAUCCCCAUAGCACCCCUGUGAGUGGUCCUCCGGCCUUUCUGACCCAGGGUUGGGGCAGCACCUACCAGGCAUGGCAGCAGCCCACACAGCAAGUCCCAGGUCACGCUGCCAGUGCUGCUCCUCAGGCCAGCUCCCCACCGGAUUACACAAUGGCUUGGGCAGAAUAUUACAGACAGCAGGUUGCUUUCUACGGGCAGACAUUAGGGCAAGCACAGGCCCACAGCCAGGAGCAGUAGAAUAAUGUCCUUGCGGCUGUUUUUCCCCCUUGAAAUCAUUGUGAGUGAAAACCUAUUUGUAACAGAGGUUUUUAGAUUUGCAGACCUUUUGAUGAAGAACCUUUUUUUUUGUUCUGUGAAACACUAUAUUUAGAUUAACAGAAUUUUUCUAAAAAUCGGGAAAAGUUAGUUACUAAAAAUUGCUGAUAAUUUUUAUUUCAUUAUUUUUGUUGUUAUUUCAAAUGUGUAAGCUCUGGGAUUCUUUUUGGAGCAAUACCUGCAAAUUCAGGCACCAGAAUGUACCUCAGAGCAGUGACAUUUCAACAUGGUGUUUUUUGUUUUGUUUUUUGUUUUGUUUUGUUUUGCGUGUCUUUCUUUUUAUUUACCGUUUUUUCUGUUGCAACAGAAAGUGGCUUGGAAGUCUUAGGUGGUAUGUAACAAAUCCUUUUUAAAAAAUUUUAAACAGUAUUUAAAUAUUCUUAAAUGUAUAAAUUCAUUAAAUGUUUUACUUCUAAUUUCUUGUAUCUCGGCUGUCUGGUUUUAUUGCAUUUUUUUAAAAACUGAACUAUUAUGUAUUGUAAUUAAUUAUGUGAACUCUGAAUUGAGACAGAUAAUUGUAUUGCUGUCCAACAGGGAUUGGGAGGGGGCAUUUUAUAGGGUUUGUAUAAUUUUUAGAGUUCUAAAGGGGUAAUAUAAAAAUGUGUUCAUGUUUUUAGCAUACGUUUUUUUCACGUCUCCAUUACCAGUUGUAAUUGUGUGUCUAAGACCUCCAAGCUUGUUUUAAAAACAAAACAAAAAACCUUUCUCUAUUCUCUCAGAAAUAUAAAUACUGUUAUUUUUAAUAUUAAAAAAAUUCGAUAUAACUUUUAACAAACACUGUGGAACAUUAAACCAUAUAAAAUGCAGUAACUAUUUUUUAAUUCCAAGGUGUUUUUGCUUUUUUCUUUUAAAUAUUUUCUUAAUAUUUGUCCAAUUAACUAGAUGAGUAAAUAAAUCUAGUAUUAACCACAGUAUGAAUUAAAUAAUUUUGAUUUAAUAAAAGGGAUAAUAUGAUUUCCAAUGUUUACUGUAGGUAUCUUGUACAGAUAACAUGUAUUUUUAAAGGAAAAAAAAAACAGAAUUGAAGCUAUUUUUCUUGCAUUUUUAAUUGACCUGAGGGACAUUCCGUUUGAAAUGUACUGAAGUUACAGUUUCUGGGUCUUUCUCCUUAUUUUCCUUAUAAUGCUUGAAAUGUCUAACUAUUAAAAAGGCAAUUGGAAAAUGUUAUGCAUGUUGUUUAAAAAAAAGUGUUCUUUUUAUUUGACUGACAAUUCAUUUUACAUUCUAUAUAAUAAAAUUUCCACAAGACCUCUUG